GUUCUGUCUACACCAGUAAGGAUGUUGCUCCAGAUUAUUGUGGUAGUUUUGGGUCUGAGUACGUGUUUAGGGAAGAUGCCGUACACGAACCAAAUCCCAAACGGUCAUUCUGUCCCAAACCCGUGUAUACCUGGUACUUUGUGGGCGGGCGUCGGGCACACGUCACCGGCAGGAGGAGGCAACAAAAACUUGUUUGGAUGGGCUUUCGCUGAUCAUGGCCAUACUUGGACUGCGGCUCUCUGUGGAGAGGAUACUGAUGGUGAUGGUAUGACUAAUGGUGAGGAGCUUGGGGACCCCGGAUGUGUGUGGACUGUUGGUGAUACUCCUACACACGCAGCUACCCAUCACCCAGGAAUUUGUGACCCGGUGACAUUGACUGAAUGUAUGCAUAAAAACAGCGAUUGGGAGAUCGAUUGUUAUUUAGCCAUGUACUAGAGUGUUUUGCCGACUUCGUUUUCAUCGGAGUACCUGGGCAUGACAAGGAAUCGACAGUUUGUAAUAUAUCCGUGUUAUACACACUGAUUUUUAUACUUCCGGUCAUAGAGUAUACUGUUACAUCUUACUUUUCAAUAAAAAAUAUAACGUACAA